ACGCAACCCAGCCAAAAAUCCCCGAUGAAUAUGAAUCCACAAAAUCCUGCUAAGGCGUCCAGAGGAUCCAACAUAAUAAACUCUUCAAAUCCCCGUAAUGCCAAGGCCGAUGAUGUCACUAUAGAAUCUUACGUAAUUGAUACGACAGGCCAGCCUUGUUGUGUCGAUGAUGAUUUAAAUGAGUCGAGGAACUCGAACGUGUUUAUUACCUGGAGGCAGAUCGCCUCGGUCUCUGGUAGUUUUGAUGAUAAACACCCCGAGUGGAUCCGGAGUGUACAGAAAUUGGAUCAGACUUAUCUCAUCAAGGAAUCCAAUGACUUCUUGGACUCCAGCAAAAAUCUAUUACCAGAAAAUACAGAUUAUCCUCCAAGUACGUCGUUAGCGGCGGGAAAAAUAAUUCCUGUGGAAAAAUCCGGAAUUAUUGACGCGAAUGAAAAAAGUGAAAUCACAUUGUCACUCCCUAAACCGGUAAGCCUGAGUAGAUCCUUGAAAAUAAUUCCGAUACCUCCGAUCAACAUCAACGACGUGAUGAUGACGACUGACUCCUUGGAUUCUGCGAGUUCCAACGAAAUUUCCGUAAAAAAACGCCUACGAAGAAAGAUGAAUCUUCUCCGGGAGAGUACAGACUCUUUGGUGUCUUCAUUUGACACCUCGAUUGACAACGCACACGCUGGCAAUUCUGUAGACAAAUUCCAAGUGUUUCCGAGCAUCGGUGGAGAUCAGAGGCACACUAUUCGUCAAGGAAGAAGAAAAGUUUCGUAUUGGGAGCGAGCUGUAAGAAACACUAGAAAUAGAUUUAUUCCUCUUGCCCAACGACAAGUCGAAUCCACUAAAAAUCCCUUGAUCCUUCCCCCAGUGGUUCCAGCCCAUCAGAGGUAAUUAAUAAAUCCCCAGAGUGAAUUCACCCUGACGUGUUAAAAAUUAAAUUCUCCAGUACAAUUACAAUUCCACGGAAAAAUCCUUUUAAAAAAUUUCCAAAAAUUGUAAUUCCACUGGACAUCACGUUUUUUAUUAUAAGAGGAAUUUUUCUGUGAAUUUUUCCUGCGUAUUAUAUUCUGGCAUCAUCCUCUGGGAAUUCUCCCAGUCACUCCGGAUGAUUGGACGUCAUUUUGAUUAGACUCGUAAAAUCUCAAAAAAGUUUUACCCCGUCGUUGCUGUUUGGUUUCAUAAAAAUCCAGACGACAAUUAGACUACAUUAAUUGAUUGUUCAUUAGA